UGGGUGGAGCUGAAUGCAUGCAAUUGUUUGCGAACAAAGAUUUGGUUCAUUUGAUCUGGGAGACUAUAGUAACAACAAACUGCAGUAUCGGGACAGUUUUCCACCUACAGUUAAUGGGGACAAAAACAUUUUCUCUCUGGUACAUUUUCGAAAAGAAAAUCUUCAAACAUUCAUCAUGGAAGUUACGAUCAUUAUAAUAUUGGCUCUUAGUUUGAUGGUACAAAUCGACCAGAGUGCAAGUCAACGACGGUUUAUCGAAACGUUCUACUUGGCCGAAAACCGAGCCUUACUGAAUCAUGGGUUUCAGUGGAAGACUGUAUCUACUCCUGUGAUCUGUGGGCGAGACUGCUCUAUGGAUCCACAGUGUGCAUCAUUCAACUAUCAUACAAAUAAUGUUUGUAUGUUAAAUAAUGCCAGCAGAGCUCACAACCCUGAUGACUUUGUUGCGAUUCAAGGGAGUGCCUACUAUGAUGACAACUUGGACACUUCUUCGUUUUCACUACCCAGCACUAGAAGUUGUUUGGAGUUGUAUCAAGCUGAUUACCGCAUCAAUGGUUUAUACACCAUCUUUCCUACAAGUCUGACCACCAGUGGGUUACAGGUUUACUGUGAUAUGGAGACAGAUGGAGGCGGCUGGAUCGUGUUCCAGAGGAGACAAAAUGGCUCUGUCAACUUUGACCGUACCUGGGCUGAAUACCAAUCUGGGUUUGGUGAUCUGCAGAAUGAGUUCUGGUUAGGGAAUGAUAUCCUGCGUGACCUUACUGGAUCGGGUCAAUGGCGACUCAGAGUAGAUAUGGAAGAUUGGAAGUCCAAUAAAUCUUGGUCUUCUUAUGGUGAGUUCAAUGUUACAGGUGACAAGUACACUCUCCAUGUUGGUUCAUAUGAUGCUCAGAGUCCAGCAGGUGACUCAAUGGCAUUUCAUAAUGGGCGUCAAUUCAGUACAAAGGACAAUGGCAAUGCUCAAAACUGUGCGGUGAGAUACAAGGGUGGCUGGUGGUAUGCCAGUUGCUUUUAUGCUAAUCUGAACGGUGAAUACUACCCGCAUGGUUAUGUGUCUGUUAGUCAGGGAAUACAGUGGACACACUGGAGAGGACACUUCUACUCCCUCAAGAAAUGCAGCAUGAAAAUACGGCAAGUAAAAUAAACUCAAACUCUUACCCAGAGUUGGGCCAUGGUUGGAUUGAACAGAAUGUUCCCGUGGCGUGUUGUGGCCGUUAGGGUUAGAUCACCGGAUUCAAGCUCGGGUACGACGUUUCUGAUCAGCAGGA